AUAGUACUUGCAUAUUUGGAUAAUAUUUAAACUAAAGAUACCUAUAAAAACCACCAUGGUAACUGUUGAGCAAUUCAGUGAGUUAUUGAAGCAAAGCGAAAUCCUCGGCAUAAGUUGUGAGCAGUUGAAUAAACUUAAAGCAGUCGGAGAAAUAAAGAAUAAUGGAAAGAAAUGGCAUCGUCAAAACUGUGGUUUGCUCGUAGCCGGGUUUCUGUUUUGCCUUGUGGUAUGUGUUCCUUCAAUUCUUCCGAGAAAUCAUGCCGUGUUGAUCAAAAUCUUACUUGAUGGGUUGUCGGAGGUUUUUGAUAUUGAUGAAUUAGACAACUACAGUUGCAUUUUAACAAACGAAGUCAUCGGGCCUUAUGUUCGCAUACCUGUGGACUGCAAUGCAUGCGCAGGAGUCAAUAACAUUCCUAAAGUUAGCAAUCUAACACAGGUAAGAACAAUGUUCUUGUUAACCUAA